GUAGGCAGAAGAGAAAGAAAUUUAGGUGUCCAUGUGAAAGGAGAGUGUCAUUCUUUGAAAGUUUUGUGGACGACACACAGAGAUCUUAAUCAGAUAUUAUGAGUCUGACAUCAGCAGCUGGUCUGCUGGCUUUGCUUGAUGAAAAUGAAUAUGAUUUAAAGGUCUUUGCUCUUAAAAAUCUUCACCACAUUGUUGAUAUAUUCUGGGCAGAAAUCUCUGAGUCUGUAGAGAAAAUUGAAGUAUUAUAUGAAGAUGAAACAUUCAAGCAAAGACAGCUUUCAGCCCUGCUUGCAUCAAAGGUGUACUACCACCUUGGUGCCUAUGAUGAUUCCUUAGCAUAUGCGCUGGGAGCAGGAGACUUGUUUGAUGUGAAUGGUCACUCAGAAUAUGUGGAAACUAUCAUCGCCAAAUGCAUUGACUCGUACACAGAGAAAAGGGUUUAUAAAGCAGAGAACCCAGAUGAAGAUGUUAUCAUAGAUACAAGACUUGAAGCCAUUGUGGACAGGAUGUUCAAAAGAUGUUUUGAUGAUGGAAAAUACAAACAGGCUGUUGGAAUUGCCCUGGAAACAAGAAGACUGGACAUAUUUGAACAAGCAAUUUUAAAAUCAGAUGAUGUGCCUGGGAUGUUGUCCUACAGCCUAACAGUCUGUAUGUCUUUAAUACAAAGCAGACAGUUUAGGAAUAAGGUUCUUAGAGUCUUGGUACAGCUGUACAUGAAUCUAGGAACUCCAGACUUUAUUAGUGUUUGCCAGUGUUUCAUAUUUCUUGAUGAUGCUCAAGGAGUGGCUGAUAUUCUGGAAAAACUUAUAAAAGACAAUGAGAAAGAUCAAACCUUGAUGGCCUACCAAAUUGCCUUUGAUCUGUAUGAAGGAGCCACCCAGCAGUUCCUGUCAUCUGUAACAUCUGCACUACAAGCCACUGUACCUUUUGUGUCCAGUACUGCAGCAACAAACUCUGAUGGAUCCACUGAGGGUAAAGCUGAUAAGAAUGGCAGUACAGAGAAAUCAGGUGAUUCAGCUAUGGACACCGAUGAAGGAGAGAGGGAAGUUCCUGCUAAGAAGCCAAAAACAGACUCCGUCUUGAGUGAAAGUGAUAAAAAACUUGUUGACAAAGUGGACAAGCUGGUGGCAAUCUUGGGUGGUGAGACAUCCAUAGCUCUUCAUGUGGAGUUUCUUAUCAGAAACAAUCAUGCCGAUCUACUUAUUCUAAAAAACACAAAGGAUGCCUCUAGAAAUUCAGUUUGGCACACAGCCACUGUAAUAGCAAAUUCCUAUAUGCAUUGUGGAACAACAAGUGACACUUUUCUUAGAAAUAACCUAGAAUGGCUCGGAAGGGCAACUAACUGGGCAAAAUUCACAGCAACAGCAAGCUUAGGGGUUAUUCACAAGGUGGGCUUGAUUCAUGCUAACCAUGGUGGCAAGAUUAUAGAGUACCUCAUACAGCAACUGAAGACUGCAACAACAGAUAUGGUGAGGCAUGGAGGGUGCCUUGGUCUUGGACUGGCAGCCAUGGGCUCUGCCAGACCAGAUGUCUACGAGCAGUUGAAAACACAGCUUUGGGAGGACGAUGCUGUUACAGGGGAAGCUUGUGGCCUAGCCAUGGGUCUUGUGAUGCUUGGAUCAAAAUCUGCUAAAGCUAUAGAGGAGAUGGUUGGGUAUGCUCAAGACACUCAACACGAGAAAAUCCUCCGUGGGCUCUCGUUAGGAAUUGCAUUGGUGAUGUAUGCAAGGAUGGAAGAAGCUGAUACGCUCAUUGAAAGCUUAAUGCAGGACAAGGACCCUAACUUAAGGCAGAGUGGCAUGUAUACAGUAGCAAUGGCCUACUGUGGCACUGGAAACAACAAAGCCAUCAAAAGACUUCUUCAUGUCGCUGUCAGCGAUGUCAGUGAUGACGUAAGAAGAGCAGCCGUGACUUCACUAGGUUUUCUCCUCUUUCGAACCCCAGAGCAGUGCCCAAGUGUGGUGUCCCUGUUGUCAGAGAGUUACAACCCUCACGUGAGAUAUGGAGCUGCUAUGGCCUUGGGUAUUGCCUGUGCAGGCACUGGAUUAAAGGAGGCAAUUGCUCUACUGGAGCCCAUGACAAAUGAUCCUGUGAACUAUGUGCGUCAGGGGGCUUUAAUCGCCAGUUCGCUGGUUCUCAUUCAGCAGACGGAACUUGCCUGUCCUAAGGUGAUGAAAUUCCGUGAAAUCUUUGCAAAGGUGAUCAGCGACAAACAUGAAGACGUCAUCGCUAAAUUUGGUGCUACCCUAGCUCAGGGAAUCCUUGAUGCAGGUGGACGGAACGUGACCAUCUCGCUUGAGUCUCGCGCGGGUCACACGCACAUGGCAACAGUUGUAGGACUGUUUGUAUUUACACACGUGUGGUACUGGUUCCCACUCUCUCACUUUUUAUCCUUGGCUUUUUCACCCUCGUGCAUCAUUGGACUAAAUUCGGAUUUGAAGAUGCCCAAAAUGCAGUUCAGAUCCAACGUGAAGCCAUCAAUGUACGCUUACCCUGAACCACUGAAGCCUCCUAAGAAAGAAGAGAAAGAAAAGGUCACUACAGCUGUGCUGUCCAUCACAGCCAAGGCUAAAGCCCGAGCAAAGAAAUCCGAGGCAUCCGAAGACAAGAUGGACGUGGAUCAGGAAGCAGACAAAGGUAAAGGUUCAUCAGCUAAAAAGGAGAAAGAAGGUGAGAAAGACAAGUCCGAAGAAGAAUCAACAGUUGAAAAGAGCGAAAAGGAGAGUAGCGAGAAAAUGGAGGAAGACGAACCUGACUUUGAAUUGUUAGAGAACCCAGCAAGAGUUCUACCCGCACAGCUCAAGGUUAUCUCCCUACCAGGGGGCAGCCGAUACAUGCCUCUAAAACCGGUUAACAUCGGAGGAAUUGUGAUGAUGACUGAUUCCAAAUCUGAUGAACCCGAAGACUUGAUCGAACCUCUUCCCGCUUCUUCACCGAUGGGUAUUGGCGCUGAAGAAGAGGAAGACGAGCCAGAACCGCCAGAGCCUUUUGAAUACAUCGACGAAGAUUAAGCAAAGUUUCAACUUCAGACAUAGUGCCGCUUAUUUCGUAUCUUAAAUUAAUUUUGAUAAAUGUUGCAAAAGAAGAAGUGUAAAAGGUCGCACUCUAGGCCUUAACCUGAAGAUUGAAUGUUGGAGAAACCAUGUACAGUUCAAUAAACAGUAACACCUGAA